AUGGGAUUCUCUAUAGCAGGUGGCCAGCGGAGCUUGGCUUCCAAACGGUCAGCGAUCAGUCUGCACGAUCAACAGCCAGUAGAGCCAUACACUGAUGAACCCAAUGAUGAUCCACCAGCGUAUACGGAUGAAAUCCCGGGGAGUUCAAACCAGAUACAAAGCACUCUUCCAGACCUUCCACCCGUGCAGUCCUAUAUCAAUCCAUACCCAGAUAUUCAAGACAGCCGCCUCGUUGACACGUUUUCUCGCAGGGAAUCAUACCUUGUUACCCUUUGCCCUGACCUUACAACCAGCCCAGAGACGUUAUAUGAGACUAUAUACCGGCAGGCUAAAGUAGCACCUACAGUGCUUAUCUCAGUCAAAGGAACCCACACGGUUAAGCAACGGGAUGGCAGGAACAAGGAGUCCAGCUCCACCGUUACAGACUUUGAUUUCCAAAUUGAAACCCGAGGCACCAUAUUGUCUAUGGAUUCGUACUGGGCGGAAAGGGAUCCCCCAUUCGAUCACUACCGCAGAUUGAAUGUGGUGCGAGACGGGGACAGAAAAUCCGCUUACCGUGGAGGAAGGUUUAAGAGUAAGGCAAGCAAGAAGUAUAAGCCCUCUGAAUCGGAUCCAGAACAGGCGACCUCAGAAAGGAUCGACGAUGUGCUUCGAGAAUGGUGUCUUAGAUACUGCGAGGACAAGAGUGGAGUGAAAUCAUUUACGCUCCAUAACAAGGUUGAAGGGCUCAACAUGGACAUUAUAAAAGCCGAGAUCACGUCCAUCAUUCGCGCCACUAAGUAUUGUGGUAGCAUACAUGUUAACCAAGUAACAACCCAUACAGCACUCACCGUUUAUUCACCACAUUGGAUAAACAAACUACGAACCAACCGAUUUGUCUGGUGGGUCGUCGUCAUCCUUCAGCUCUGGAUAAUCGCCUGGCCCAUCAUCAUUUUACUUGAAAAACGCUACGAACCCGUUACGGCUGAAUAUAUCGUCUCGGAGGGUGGUGUUCACGUUUCUCCUUUCCGGGGAGAGCUUUCCUGGACAGAAAUGUUUGCACCUGCUAUAAGUGCUGCAGCCAUAAGCAGGAGGAAGGACGGAGAGAUGGUUACCAUGGGCGAUGUUCGUCGGAUCCGCGAAUCCCCUGUCAACGGCGGAUCGAGACUUGAUGAAUCGCCCGCGGAGAGAGAUAGGAGAGCACGGUUGAACAGUGGGAACGGGACUUUUAUGGACUCCCUUGUUGGUUUGGCUAGGGGCAUCUCAGAUCUGAGGAAUGAGUAUGACCAUACCAGGGGCUGGGGUGCGAAUGAGUGA